UAUAUACAAUACAAAUAUCGUUCAUCCCAAUUCAUUCCCCCCUCAUCCUCAUCGGUCUCCUCAAUUCGUUCGCGCAACAUAAUCCUCGUCUUUACAGCUAUUCUUCACUUGUUUUCACCGUCAAUCGAAUCAAGGUCUUGAUGUGUAAGGGUCCGAAGAGUAAAUUCGUUAUCAUGGAAGGAGAAAACAUCCAGCAAAAUAGAAACGGGUUUUUCUUAAAGUCUUCGAUUUUACUUGAAUUAGCAGCCACCGAUGAUGUUUCUGGGUUUGUCUCCGAGGUUGAAGUCAACAACGCGACAUGUUUAGAUGACGCCAGUUUCUGGUAUGGAAGAAGGAACGGAUGUAAAGGAAAGAUGGGUUUCGAAGAACGAACGCCGUUAAUGAUUGCGGCUGUUUACGGCAGUUUAAAUAUGUUGAAACAUCUGAUCGAUUCAAAUAAGGUUGAUGUCAAUAAAACAUCCGAUUCUGACGGAGCCACAGCUCUUCACUGUGCGGCUGCCGGCGGCUCGUCUUUGGCUUUUGAAACUGUCAAGUUAUUAUUAGAAGCAGGUGCAGAUCCUAAUAUAGUUGAUGAUAACGGGAACAAACCUGUUGACUUGAUCGCUCGUGGGGUCAAGUCAAACAAAAAGAAGGCUAUAGAGAUGUUGUUCAUGGGGGUUCCUGUUAGCGACGAGGAAACCGAAACAGCUGAAGUCGAAAACGAAGAGACGGGAAUUGUUUCGGCGAAAAAAGAGUAUCCAAUUGAUGUAUCUUUGCCGGAUAUAAACGAUGGGGUUUAUGGUACAGAUGACUUUAGGAUGUAUAUGUUUAAGGUGAAACCAUGUUCAAGAGCUUAUUCACAUGAUUGGACCGAGUGUCCGUUUGUUCAUCCUGGGGAGAACGCGCGGCGUCGUGAUCCAAGGAAGCAUCAAUACACAUGUGUACCGUGCCCCGAGUUUCGUAAAGGGACUUGUGUAAAAGGAGACAACUGCGAGUACGCACACGGGGUGUUUGAGUCUUGGCUUCACCCAGCUCAAUACCGAACUCGUUUGUGUAAAGAUGAAACCGGGUGCGCGAGAAAAGUUUGCUUUUUCGCGCACAAGGUUGAGGAGUUACGACCUUUGUAUGCGUCUACUGGCUCGGCUGUUCCUUCUCCAAAAUCAGGUGCUGUUGGGUCGAUGGAAAUGGGGUCGAUGAGUCCGUUGGGAAUUGGUUCAACUCCGCCCAUGUCGCCUUCUAUUGGUCCAUCGGUGGUGAAUAACAAUAAUAUGUGGCAGAACAAGUUUGUUCAUAUAACACCACCGGCGUUACAGCUUCCCGGUAGUCGAUUAAAGACUUCUUUGCACGCUAGAGAUCUUGAAGUAGAAUUGGAGAUGCUACAAAGGCAACAAAUGAUUGAUGAUUUAUCAUCUAAUCUUUACAACAACAAUAAUAGUACAAAUAGAUUUGGGGAUAUGAAGCCAAAUAAUACUGAAGAUGUUUAUGGAUCGCCAUCUCGUCAACAAAUGAGGCAGAACCAAAACUCUAACCCGAUUCGUUCAACCUACCCGUCUUCACCCGGUAGGAUACCAACGAGUUACGGGUUUGAUUCAUCGGCUGCGGUGGCGCAAGCAGUGAUGAAUUCAAGGUCUAACGCAUUCGCCAAACAACGUAGCCAGAGUUUCAUUGACCGUGGUGCAGGAAACACAAUGAGUCUCAGGUCAAUGGGUCAAUCUCCCAGUUAUUCGGAAUGGGGUUCACCUGAUGGGAAGGUGGAUUGGGGGUUCAACAGUGAAGAUGCAAGUAAGCUUAGGAAGUCGGCAUCUUUCGGGUUCAGAAGUGGGAACGGUGGUUCACCAAUGAAAGGGAACCAGGAGCCAGAUGGUUCAUGGGCUGGAGCCGGACUGUAUAGCUCGUCAGAAACUGUGCCACAAUGGGUUGAGCAGAUGUACAUAGAGCAAGAAAAGCUUAUGGCAUAAGAGCAAAAGCUUGAUUAAUUCUUUGAUAAUUUCUUUGAUUGAUUACUUAUGAUUAUAUUUGAUUAAAAUA